AGCGCCUAGCGGGCACCGCCGGGGCGGGGACGCACGGACGCCAUGGGCUGCUGCAGCUCCGCCGCGCAGAGCUCCAAACGAGAAUGGAAGCCUCUGGAGGACCACAGCUGUACGGAUGUACCAUGGCUGCUCUUAUUCAUCCUCUUCUGCAUAGGGAUGGGCUUUAUCUGUGGCUUUACAAUAGCUACAGGAGCAGCUGCAAGACUGCUUUCAGGAUAUGACAGUUAUGGAAAUAUCUGUGGACAGAAAAACGUCAAGGUGGAGGGAAUAGUCAACAGUGGUCUGGACCUCACACAGAAGAAGUAUGUGUUCUUCCUGGAUCCAUGCAAUAUUGAUCUAGUACAUCAGAAGAUCAAAUCUCUUGCUUUGUGUGUAUCAGCUUGCCCAAGGAAAGAACUAAAAACUUUGGCUGAUGUUCAGAAAUUUGCUGAAACUAAUGGAUCUACCCUGUGUAGCUACGAACUACUGCCAUCAGAAUAUACUACAGACCCAAGGGCUGCCAAGUUGUGUCCUAAAUAUCCUGUUCCAGAGAGUGCACCUAUUCCAUUCUUCCAUCGCUGUGCUCCUGUGAACAUUUCCUGCUAUGCCAAGUUUGCAGAGGCCCUGAUCACCUUUGUCAGUGACAGUAGUGUCUUACACAGGCUGAUUAGUGGAGUUAUGACCAGCAAAGAGAUUAUAUUGGGACUUUGCUUGUUGUCACUAGUGUUGUCCAUGAUUUUGAUGGUUAUAAUCAGGUACAUUUCAAGAGUACUUGUCUGGAUUUUAACAGUUCUUGUCAUUCUGGGAUCACUUGGUGGUACAGGAGUCCUGUGGUGGCUCUAUGCUAAAGAACGAAUGUCUGCCAGUACUGUUGAGACUCAAAUAGCCAAAGAAAAUCUUCAGGCUCUCCUGAUCUAUGCCAUUUCAGCUACUGUCUUCACGGUUAUCUUGCUCUUGAUAAUGUUAAUUAUGCGCAAACGAGUAGCUCUCACUAUUGCCUUGUUCCAUGUGGCCGGCAAGGUCUUCAUUCACCUGCCACUGCUAGUCUUCCAGCCAUUUUGGACAUUCUUUGUGCUUAUCCUCUUCUGGACAUAUUGGACCACAGUCCUACUUUUCCUUGGUACUACAGGUAAUCCUGUCCCAAAUGAAGAAGGAUUUGUUGAAUUUCGGGUGGCAGGCCCUCUGAAGUACAUGUGGUGGUACCACUUAGUAGGACUGAUCUGGAUCAGUGAGUUUAUCCUAGCCUGUCAGCAGAUGACAGUAGCAGGAGCUGUUGUGACGUACUAUUUCACAAGGGAGAAAAGGAAUCUGCCAUUUACUCCUAUUCUGGCAUCUGUUAACCGCCUUGUCUGUUACCAUCUGGGAACAGUAGCAAAGGGAUCUUUCAUUAUCACAUUAGUGAAGAUACCACGAAUGAUUCUUAUGUAUAUUCAUACACAGCUCAAAGGAAAAGAAAAUGCUUGUGCUCGUUGUAUGCUUAAAGCCUGCAUCUGCUGCCUUUGGUGUCUAGAAAAGUGCCUGACCUAUUUAAAUCAGAAUGCAUACACAGCCACAGCUAUCAACAGCACCAACUUCUGCACCUCAGCAAAGGAUGCCUUUGUUAUUCUAGUGGAGAAUGCUUUGCGAGUGGCUGCCAUUAACACUGUUGGGGAUUUUAUGUUGUUCCUUGGAAAGGUCCUGAUUGUCUGCAGUACAGGUUUGGCGGGGAUUAUGUUGCUGAAUUAUCAACGAGAUUAUACUACCUGGGUGCUGCCUCUCAUCAUUGUCUGCCUCUUUGCGUUCCUGGUUGCUCACUGCUUCCUUUCCAUUUAUGAAAUGGUUGUUGAUGUCCUUUUCUUAUGUUUUGCCAUUGAUACAAAAUACAAUGAUGGAAGCCCCGGGAGGGAAUUCUACAUGGAUAAAGUUCUCAUGGAAUUUGUGGAGAAUAGUAGGAAAUCUAUGAGAGAAGCUGGCCGGGGAGGUGGAGCUGAGGGCAGAGAGCUAAAACCAAUGGCCUCUGGAGCAAGUUCAUCUUGAAACUAGCCAGCCAUAUUGGAACCCAUUGACAUUCCAAAACAAUAUAUAUAUAUACAUAUAUAUACAUAUAUAUAUAUAUAUAAAUAAUCAGCCAAAAUCAGAGAAAAGGAACAGGGAUUUAAUACUUUUUUUAACAAUUAUUUUUGUGAAACAUGUACUCUUUUCAUACGGGUGGCUUUUACAAGCAGCUUUAUCAUUGUUCCAUUUUUUUAAAUUUAUUCAUUGUAGUCAUAGAAAUGUUGAUUCUUAUCUGCUUGAUAUUUCACAAUCUGGAGGAGGUAUCAUUGCAAGGAUAAUUUUAGUGAUGAUUGGGUUUAGAGACAGAUUUCCAACGACAUGGCUAAUCUGCUGAGAGUUUUUUUGUUUAGUUUGUUUAAGUUUGCAUUAAAUUUAGUACAGCUACACAUAAGCAAAACCUUCAAAUCAAGAAAAGUAUUAAAUUUAGCUUUUUAAAAGGUAGUUUUAGUGAGAGUUAAUUCAGUUCUUACUGGUUUGUAAGCAGUCAUUUUAUUUUACAGCCCUGGCAGGGCCCAAUUUUGUUUAUCAAUAUCAGCUAUCACAAUAACCAACUCCUCAGGUAUUCACGUGUGUGGGAGCCCUUGCAUCUCCUAUUCAGCAGAAACUAGAAAAUGGGGAAUAAUGAUUUUUAUAUGCAAUUUACUUCAUGUUUUACCCUACUUACCCUCUUACCAAUUCCUCCCUCACCCUGCCCUGAAUUCAGUAGCCUCCUUGAAACGUCAGCAGUGCUCCUUUAGGGACGUAGAUUCUCCAUAUGAGCAAUUUAAAGAACGGAUUAUUAAAGCUCAGUCUUAGUCAUACUCAUGGUUAAUUCAUGACUUGAUGUAAACAUGCGGAGGAUGGAAGGAGAAAUGAACUGUAAUACUGUACAAACAAGUACUCUGUGGUUCAUUUCAUUUAAUGUCAGAGAGGUUUGGGAUGUGUAAGGGACCGUUCCUUGCCUAUUGUUUCACCCAUCUUUCUGUGUACUGUAGCAGGUGGUUAAAACAGGAAAGGGCAGAGAAACAUUUCUUUGGAAGUGUAACUGCCUGGGAUAGUUAACCGAAGUCAUCGAAUAAUGAUAAGAGAACGUGUUUUGUUUUGUUUUUGUUUUUGUUUUUUAAAAAAGCUGUAGUAGUAUGGUUCUGAGAUAAUUGCAUUUCUUUCAGUCUGGAAGUUCACCAGAUAUGAAUGCUAAUAUUUUGUUCAGCCUAAUGUAAUGGUAAAUGGUUAAAAGUGUAUUUGCUAAGAAUUCAUGAUCUGUCAAUGCUAUAUAGUCCUUUUGUUACAAUUUUUUUAAGAAAACUAUUUUUGUUAAUGUAAAGUUAAUACUUCAGAGCAGAAUUUUUAAACUUAUUGCACUAAAUAUAAGCUCUGUACAAAUAAAUAAUGCCUCAGUGGUUUGAUCACUCCAUUCAAGAAAACGUUUUCAAAGAGAAAAGCCCUUCUGUGGAAGCUUUGCAAUGGAGUGGAGAGGUAUGUCUAGUUAAAGAAACUCAGUUGUACUCGUGGUUUAAAGAGUAAGCAGUUCUCUGUGCUUCCUUUCAGAGGAUCAGACGUUUAAAAAAUAGAGUGUCAUGUAAUUAAUCAGUGCUCUUACCUUUUGGCAAUAGUGAAAUGUUUCACCUUUGCUUCUAGAAGUCAUUUGAUACUUACAUCAGUUUAGUUUUCUUUCAGUAAGCCAAUUAAAAAGACUUACUGUUUUCAUAUCACAGAAACCAAACUGUAUGAAAAGAAAAUAAAAAUAUAUUUAGAGGUGGUAACUUCUGGGGAGGUGGGAAGACAGAAUUACCCAGUCUUGCAAGCACUAGACACUUGUUUAACCAAACUACAUCAGCUCCACUGACAUCAGGAGGGCUCUCUUAAGUAGUGAAGUUGUAAGAUACAUUUUUGUGUAUGUGUAUGUUAACUGAACUAGAACUUCGACCUAGGAUUCAGACUGGAGCACUGACUGGUGAGGCCUCUCAAUGUGAGCUAGAAGUCAGGCUAUCUAGAAGAAGCCCCGGAGCAGCCUUAAGCUUGUGGAGAGAAAGCAUUCCUGCUGUUAAAGCUGUUGCUAAAGCUGCAGUUGCACUGAACACUGUUGUCUGUGUAGAUCAGUGGGGUUUAGCAACAGAAAUUUAAAAACUGGCUCGUAUGAAUCCUAGAAACUGGAUUCCAAGGCUAAGAGACUUUUCACAUACCCAGUUGCUUCCAGAGAACUGUAAUUUCCGUCUUGUUGGAAAUUAUUGGAGGUGCUUUGAUCAAAGCCUUGGAUUCUGCUCAUUUUGACAACAAAUAUCUGCCGUGACAAGUUCUGCAAGUUUGUGCUCUCCGCUCACUGGAAGUGGGAGCUUUUCUCUGCAAUCGCAACUAGAACUGCAAGUGGAAACAAAUUUUGUAUUUUUGUAUGACUUGACGGUGCAUCAUUUUUAUAGCAGUUUAUCCUGUUUUAAGAGCAAAUUUGAUUUAUUUACAUGGUGUUUAAAAGUUACAGGCAACACUUUUCUAUGGGUAGCUGUAACGUUUAAGUGACAAACCUAUAUCAUUACGGAGUUCUUAAUAAAAUCAUAUGCACCAUUCUUGUGUAUAUCUGGCGUGCUGAGCUUUUCAGUCAUGCCAAACUGCAUUCCAUCAACAUGCAGGCUUUCCAGUGGCCCUUCAGAGCUUUUGAAUGUUCUUUGAAGUGAAUUGCAACCAGACUACAAGCUGUCCCUUUCCAAUGUGGUCUUGUGCAAGGAGAUAAGUAAAAGACUGGAGUCUAAAAAAACAACUUUUCAGGGCAAACCUAAACUCUGCUUUCCUCCCUUAGUGGAGGUAGUGGAGAACACUUGAAAUGUAAAUCACUAGUUGGAGUUAAGGUGCUAGGGACUUCUAGUUGAGAUGGAUUAAAUACUCUUUUUGCCAUCAGUAUAUGGAACUGCUUUGUGGGAAGCAGUCUGCACCAGUUAGAGUGUGAUGCUGCACUGGGAGUAACACUGCAGGAGGAGCAGAUACAGAAGUAAUCUCCUUGGAAAGUCCACUGAACCAAGCAGUGCUCGAGGACUGGUGAUUUGAGCCAGUGUAGUUACUGGUUCUUAGCAUUUGGUUUCUGUAGAAAGUCUGGAACAUAGCCUCUAAUCAGCUAGGCUUCAUAGGAAGAAAGCUUGCCAUUCUUUUAAUUGUUUAAUUCUUCUCAUUCUGUUAUCCUCCAUCUUAUUUGGAGGCUGAGCAAUGUGUUAUUGUUGCUGUGGCAGAGGUUUGAACUAGAUGAGGUCCUUUCCAACCCCUGUGAUUCUUUCAACCCUAAAGAAUCUUUGUUCUUUUAGCUCUCUCAUUUCUAUAUUGCUCUUUCAGUGAAGGAGUACCACACAGCUGAGUGUCAGCUCCCCCUGUCCCACCGAACUUAGCCCAUGCCUUCUCACCUUCCCAAGGCAGUGAUAUCACCUGGACUGAAUGGGAGGGGGAGUAAGUGCAGAGCUGAAAUUCUGAGAUGGUUUUUUUUGUGUGUGAUACCACUCCAUCACUGUGCUUGCUGUGAUUAGGAGUGCAACACAUUACUUCUACAGUUUCAAUGCUGCUCUGCAGCUAAACUCAGCACGUGGUAUGGCCAAUUUAGAACUGCAUCUUCAGCCUUCUAUGAGCUUGUGUUCAUACUCCCAGCUGCCAAAAACAAGAUUGGGUUUUACAUGUGGCCUUAGCUUGGUAUGAUAACCCAAGGAUGUUCUGUAUAAGGAAGCAUGCCCUAGAAGGGACAACAUCAAGUGGAAAACCAAGUGCAUAUUGUCGUGGGGUUCACCCUGCCUGCCAGGUAAGCCCCUACUCCCCUUGUGCCUUCUUUUCCAGGAGGACUGGGAGAAGAAUCAGAAUGUGGUAGAGACAGCUCAUUAAAUAAUGGAAAAAAAAAAAAAAAAAAAC